GUAACGACACCGCUUCACCCUCUCAGCAAAACUUCCGGCAUUUCCAAUCCCCUAACCAACACUGCUAAUGAUCUUCCGGUGAUUAACAAAACGGUGAGUUCGAGAGUUGUUGUCGGGCGGCACGGGAUCCGGAUCCGCCCAUGGCCGCACCCGAACCCCAGUGAAGUAAUAAAGGCGCAUCAGAUAAUAGAGAGAGUUCAAAGAGAGCAGAGUAAUCAAUUCGGUGUGAAGAGUCCUAGGAGUCUGAUCGUAGUCACGCCUACUUACGUGCGGACUUUCCAGACUUUGCAUAUGACUGGUGUCAUGCAUUCUCUGAUGUUGCUCCCCUACGACGUCGUCUGGAUCGUGGUGGAGGCCGGUGGGGUCACCAAUGAAACAGCAUUGAUUAUUGCCAAAUCCGGCGUUAAGACUCUUCAUAUUGGAUUUAAUCAGAAAAUGCCGAAUUCUUGGGAAGGAAGGCACAGAUUGGAGACUAAAAUGCGGCUUCGCGCUUUGAGAGUUGUGAGAGAGGAGAAGAUGGAUGGAAUAGUAAUGUUUGCGGAUGAUAGUAAUAUGCAUAGUAUGGAGCUGUUUGAUGAGAUACAAAAUGUGAAGUGGUUUGGUGCGGUUUCAGUUGGGAUUCUUGUUCAUUCGGGUGGUGCUGAUGAGACGUUAUUAACUGCUGCCGCUGCCGCCAUGGUUGACAAGGAGGCGGAAGGAAAUUUGCCCAAUCCAGUAGUGCCUGUUCAGGGUCCGGCUUGUAAUGCUUCUAACAAAUUGGCUGGUUGGCAUACGUUUAAUUCGUUGCCGUAUGAGGGGAAGAGUGCGGUAUAUAUUGAUGAUAGGGCUACGGUGUUGCCUAGGAAGCUGGAGUGGGCUGGGUUUGUGUUGAAUUCGAGGCUUCUUUGGAAGGAAGCUGAAGAUAAACCAGAAUGGGUUAAGGACAUGGAUUUAGUUGAUGAGAAUAUAGAGAAUCCUUUAGAUCUGCUGAAGGAUCCUUCCAUGGUGGAGCCACUUGGGAGCUGUGGGCGACAAGUUUUGCUCUGGUGGCUCCGUGUUGAGGCUCGUGCUGAUAGCAAAUUCCCUCCAGGGUGGAUAAUUGACCCACCUUUGGAAAUUACUGUGCCAUCGAAGCGAACACCAUGGCCCGAUGCCCCUCCUGAACUGCCUUCCAAUGAAAAGAUAUCAGGUAACCAAGAACAGACUGCUAAGCGUUCUUCAAAGACUCGAUCACCCAGAUCAAAACGCAGUUCAAGAAGUAAGAGAAAGCAUGAAGCAGUGUUGGUGGAGACACAGGUUUCUGCAAGGCAUUCUGAACAAAAUUGAAAUGGUAGCUUGAGCACACAUCAGAGAUACUGCCUUGUGAAUUUGACACUGCUGGCCUUCAGGAUGAAGAUAUUUUAUUGAUAAAGCAAAAGGCACACGAUCUUAAUUACCAGGUGGGUGGCAAGUACAUCUGAAAAGAAAUUCAUUAAAGCCAGGCCAGUUGAAAAUGUUCGUCGGAGCUUGAAUCCACCAUUGUUUUGCUUCUUUUAUUUUUUUCCUUUUCUUUUCUAUAUGUUGGGGUUGAUUUGUUGAUAUUCUAUGGAUAAGGUAUGUCAUCACAGUCUCCUUGCCUCCGCUGCCAAGAAACACCAGGUUCUUGUAUCUGAUAAGCGUCAAAUUUCAUACAUAAUCUUCUAAAUAGGAAUCUAGAGUCUGUUUAGCUGCUGGAUUCAGUAAAAAUGAACCUCAUUGUAAUAAAUUUUUUUCGUUUCUUGCAAGCAUGAUGACGAUGAUUGUGAUGUGCUUC